AGGAUGACCUGGGAGCUGCACCUGCUGGUUCUGCUGGGGCUGGGACUUAGGUCCCAGGAGGCCCUGCCACCACCCUGUGAGAGCCAGAUCUACUGCCAUGGAGACCUCCUGCACCAAGUUCAGAUGGCCCAGCUCUACCAAGAUGACAAGCAGUUUGUGGACAUGUCACUGGCCACAUCUCCAGACGAAGUCCUGCAGAAGUUUGGUGAGCUGGCCACGGCCCACAACCACAGCAUCCCCAAGGAACAGCUUCAGGAAUUUGUCCAGAGUUACUUCCUGCCCGUGGGGCAGGAGCUGCAGUCCUGGACCCCUGAGGACUGGAAGGACAGCCCUCAGUUCCUGCAGAAGAUCUCAGAUGCCAAGCUGCGUGUCUGGGCCGAGGAGCUACACAAGAUCUGGAAAAAGCUGGGAAAGAAGAUGAAAACAGAAGUCCUUAGCCACCCUGAGCGGUACUCCCUGAUCUACUCAGAGCACCCCUUCAUUGUGCCCGGAGGGCGCUUCGUUGAAUUCUACUACUGGGACUCGUACUGGGUGAUGGAAGGCCUGCUUCUCUCUGAGAUGGCCUCAACGGUGAAGGGUAUGCUGCAGAACUUUCUGGAUCUGGUGAAGACCUAUGGACAUAUCCCCAAUGGUGGGCGUGUGUAUUACCUGCAGCGGAGCCAACCCCCACUCCUGACCCUCAUGAUGGAUCGAUACGUGGAUCACACCAAGGAUGUCGCCUUCCUUCAGGAGAAUAUUGCGACUCUCGCCUCAGAACUGGACUUCUGGACUGUGAACCGAACUGUCUCUGUGGUCUCAGGAGGACAAAGCUAUAUCUUAAAUCGCUACUAUGUCCCCUAUGGGGGACCCAGGCCAGAGGCCUACAGGAAAGAUGCAGAAUUGGCAAACUCGAUUCCAGAAGGGGACUCAGAGACUCUGUGGGCUGAGCUCAAGGCCGGGGCUGAGUCUGGCUGGGACUUCUCUUCACGCUGGCUGGUUGGAGGCCCAGACCCUCAAUUACUUAGCAGCAUCCGAACCAGCAAAAUGGUACCCGCUGACCUGAAUGCGUUCCUGUGCCAAGCAGAGGAGCUGAUGAGUAACUUCUACUCCAGACUAGGGAACGACACGGAGGCCACAAAGUAUAGGACCCUUCGGGACCAGCGCUUGGCCGCCAUGGAGGCCAUCCUGUGGGACGAGCAGAAGGGUGCUUGGUUCGACUACGACUUGGAAAAAGGGAAGAGGAACCUGGAGUUUUAUCCCUCCAACCUCACCCCACUCUGGGCUGGCUGCUUCUCAGACCCUAGUGCUGCUGACAGGGCUCUGAAGUACUUGGAGGACAACAAGAUCUUGACCUACCAGCAUGGGAUCCCAACUUCUCUUCGUAACACAGGCCAGCAGUGGGACUUCCCCAAUGCUUGGGCCCCACUGCAGGACCUGGUCAUUAGAGGUUUGGCCAAGUCAGCUUCCCCGCAGACUCAGGAGGUGGCUUUCCAGCUGGCCCAGAACUGGAUCAAAACCAACUUCAAAGUCUACUCCCAAAAGUCAGCCAUGUAUGAGAAGUAUGACAUCAGCAACGGUGGACAUCCAGGCGGAGGAGGGGAGUAUGAAGUUCAGGAAGGAUUUGGCUGGACAAACGGACUGGCCCUGAUGCUUCUGGACCGCUACGGAGACCAGCUGACUUCAGGGGCCCAGUUAGCUUCCCUGGGACCCCACUGUCUGGCGGUUGCCCUUCUUCUCAGUCUUCUGCUACAGUGA